AUGGGAAACAACGCUACAACAACCGUGAAAGAAGAACGCGAAGAGAUUCACUUGAAGAUUGUACCUUCACUGGACAGAGCUUAUGUGCGUUGGCUUGCAAGAGAUCUCCAGAGAGUUCAUGGAUUCAAACCCAAGAACGUUCGUGCGAUCACUCCUCCAGAUAACUACAUCGAGUUCAUGCGGUUAAAUGGAUUGCUUGAUGUGGAUUUGGAUGACCCUGAUCUUGCCCAUUUGUUCAAGUAA